AUGACUGAUAAAGCACUCUGCGCUACUCUCACGCCGAUCGCCCUUUGUGACCUACUCGACGAUUGGCACAGUACCGACCCAGAGCAACUCACGGCCGCGCAACGUGCCUCUCGUGCUACUGCUCAAACAUCCGUUACCGUCUUCGACGAGAGCAUAAAUUCUUUCCAACAAUUUUCGGACUCGUCCAACGUUUCUUUUGACGACGGCUUAAAUUCUCCUGAAGACCUCAGUGAUCACACUGCUGAUUUUGACUGUCCAAACCCUGAAUUUGUUUUUGCUCGAUCAGCCACCACAGAUGACCUAACUACCAUUACGCUCUUCGAGUUGCCCACUCUUCUGAACACCACGUUACCUGGCAGUAUCAAGCAGGCCCAGAAGUCCCCUGCCUGUUCUCAAAGGGCAGCCUGGUCGCAAGAGGCAACCAGCAGGGAUACGGAAGAUGAGGAUAUUCACUCACAAGACGAUGAGGAAGUCGAGACCGACCAGACACCAAAAGGGAAAGAUAGUGCCUCCACUGAGACAGCGAGUGUGGCUGAUCUGAAAGCCAUGUUUGCCGAGUACACUGCCAGUACUCAGGACGAGUUACUUAGCCUGCGUACCCAACUGGCUACGAUGUUCACGGCAACAAAGAUCGUACUUACUAUGAGCUGA